CAUUUACCAUGAGGAGGUUAAACAUAAAACAAUGUCUGAUUUUCAGUAUAAUCAGUAUUCUGUUUCUAAACUUGCUAGUAUUCAACAUUUUGCUUUACUAUGGAUAUUCAAGAAUGAGCACAUCAUUAACUGGUAAUUCUUGGUUGGAAAACAUUCUCAGCAGUCCACAAAUUCAGAAAUUGAUUCAAAAUGGAAAAGCAGGAGGCUUUGUCAAUCUCCAGCAAAAUUCUUUAGGAAGAAUAUUCAUCAUGACAAGCAACAAAAUAACUAAUACAAAACUGGAUAACCUGACAACUCAAGCUGGAAAAUCUGCACCUGAAAUUCAUGAAUCAAUAUCAUAUUUAGGAAUAGAUGUAUCAGACUCGGGGGAAGCUUUAUAUGUUUAUAAAAGGAUUUUAUCUCGACAUUUAUUUCCUUACAAGAAACUCAUAGUGGACAUAGGAGCAAAUGAUGGCCUCAUGUCCAGCAAUUCUUUCAAUUUUAUCCAAUGGGGUUGGGAUGCUAUGUUAGUGGAGCCUGUUCAACAGCAGAUAGAGAUGGCAAAGCAAAAUGCAAAAAGAUUCAGAGACCCGUAUCGCGAUAACAAACAGAACGUUCAGUACAUCCAAGCUGUUAUUGGAACAAUAGAUGGCAGCAUUGACUUUGCACUGACUAAUGAUGUAGUUUCCAUGGAGAACCACAUAAUCAAAACAAAUAGACCAAUGGCUGGAAAUGUAAAAGGAGUAACAAAAGUUAAAUCCAUGAGGGUUGAGACAUUUGUGAAAACAUACAAUAUUCCUAGAAUGUUUGGAAUUCUAUCCAUUGAUGCAGAGGGCAUAGGAGAUGAGGUGCUUCACCAGUUUAUGGAAUACAAUAUGAGACCAGCUUAUAUAAUAUAUGAAUCACUGCACAAUAGAGAAAACAUUUAUGACACUGAGCGCUAUAUGAAGUCGUUUGGCUAUGUCAGCAUGUCUAAACUAGGCUGGAACCAUAUAUUUGAGCAUAGACCUUAGAGUUAUACUCAGGGCUCAAAACUCAAAUUGCAGUUAUUUGCUACCAUCUUUAGAAUUAAUAAAAUAAAUUAAUACCUGUGAUUCCGACCUCUACAAAAUUCUGCAUAAUAUUCAUUUAUGUAACCCUAAAAUUAUCUAGACGAUGGAACUUUUUAUACCUGUCUGAUUCUAGCAUAACUACUUAAUGGAAUCAAGAACUAUCUGAAAUGGCCACUAGGCAAAAACUGUUAAUUUCAAUAUACUGUACAGGGCCUGACACUAUGCAUAAAAUUCUUUCACACAUUGGAAAAUAUUAUAUAUAAUAUCAAUUAAAAGAUACAAAAUGACUGAAAAGAAUAUUUUUUCAAAGAAACCUUUUGCAAGGGUCAAGUUGUCACCUAGACGGCCAUGAUUCAAUGUUUA